UUAAAGAAAGAAAUGGAAGAGGGCUCCAGUUCCCCGGUGUCCCCCGUGGAUAGUCUGGGGGCCAGCGAGGAGGAGCUGGAGAGGCAGCAGAAGCGCUUCCCCAGGAAGAGGAGGCUCAAUAAGAAGUCCGCGGAGGACAGCAGCAGCAGCAGCAGCAGCAGCGGCGGCGGCGGAGGCAGCGGCGGGAGCCCAGGCCCCGGGAAGAGAGGCAAGAAACCCAGUCCGAGCAGCAGCCAGUCCUACGAGGAGCUGCAGAACCAGCGCGUCCUGGCCAACGUCCGGGAGAGACAGCGGACCCAGUCCCUGAACGAGGCCUUCGCGUCUCUGCGCAAAAUCAUCCCCACGCUGCCGUCGGACAAACUGAGUAAGAUACAGACUCUGAAGCUGGCCUCCAGGUACAUCGACUUCCUGUGUCAGGUGCUGCAGAGCGACGAGAUGGACAGCAAGAUGUCCAGCUGCAGCUACGUCGCGCACGAAAGACUCAGCUACGCCUUCUCCGUGUGGAGGAUGGAGGGAGCCUGGUCGAUGUCUGCGUCCCACUAGCACCGGGAGACCCCCACUCACUGAUGCCAAAGCGACUGUUUACUGCUCAGAUGAAUGAAGACCAAAGGUGUUGAAGAAACGUGGACCUCAGAGAGAACGACACACGACCGUCUGUG